AUGACUUCAAGACAAGAUAUAUCAUUGAAUUUCAUCGAAACGUUUGUAAUCAGUAGUGUUACAGCUGUGGCGGCGAGAACUUUGAUCACUCCGGUUGAUCGUUGUAAAAUACUUAUUACGCACCAAACACAGUUCUUGAAAGAUGGUCUCAUUUCAAGACCAUACAAAGGCUUUACCGAUUGCAUGAUACAAACGUACAAGUAUAGAGGUAUUCGUCCAUUAUAUCAAGGCAACUUAGCAAUAUGCAUUCGAUAUUUUCCUAUUCAUGCAUUGAACUUUGCAUUUAAGAAUGAAAUUAAACGUAUGUUCAAACAGAACAGCAACGAUUCCUAUUCGAAAAUUUUCUUCGAAAAUUUCGUUAGUGGUGGCAUUGCCGGUGCAUUGUCUGUAUGUAUUUUGUACUCGUUGAAUAAUGCUCGACAGCAUGUAAAUAAAGAUAUUAGGACUGGUAAAAUCAGAAGGGAGAAACGGCAAUUACACAGCAUUAUGAAUGCGUACAAAAAUAUAUUAGUGACGGAUGGCAUAGCUGGCCUUUAUCGUGGUUUUCUUAUUGUCUGCGUGCAUGAUGCUAUUUAUCGUGGAUGCUAUUUCGGUUUCUAUGAUACAUUGAAGCCAAUUUUACUUGGACAAAACCCCAGCUUCUUUCUCUCGUUUAUACUUGGUUAUGGUGUCACCCUAGUAUCGCACUUAGUCUCCUAUCCAGUCGAUACUGUCCGAAGACGUAUGUGGAUGGACAAAAUUCGCAGUUCUCGACAGUAUACAAGUCAUGUGAAUUGCCUGUUUCAAAUUAUACGAAAUGAACAUAUUUCAAGUUUAUUCAGAGGAGCUAAUACUUGGAUUAUCAGAAGCAUUCCGGGUGCCGGUUUGCUGGCAGGAUUCGAUCUUUUUGCGAAGAUUUAUCUCAGUAUUAAAGACAGUCGCAGUUAG